UUUAGUUUCGUCGUAACAAAGUUAUUCUGCAGUUUUUAACGUGAAAAGAAAAACAAUCCUCUCCGAAAAGGAAACCCGCACACCCGCUAUCGUUGAACACAGUAUCUACGUGAAGUAAAGCUAACUAGGAUCAAGCAUACGAGAUGGCUACCCGUAAAAAAGCGUUGCUGAAGGUGAUCGUCCUUGGAGACAGCAGUGUCGGAAAGACUUCGCUGAUGAACCAGUACGUGAACAAACGCUUCACAAACCAGUAUAAGGCGACGAUUGGAGCUGACUUUCUCACGAAAGAAGUGGUGAUCGACGAGAGAGUCGUAACGAUGCAGAUCUGGGACACGGCCGGUCAGGAGCGGUUCCAAUCGCUCGGUGUGGCCUUCUACCGUGGGGCGGAUUGCUGCGUGCUGGUCUAUGAUACGACUGCACCCAAUACAUUCAAAAAUCUCGAAUCCUGGCGAGACGAGUUUUUAAUACAAGCUAGUCCGCGUGAUCCCGACCAUUUCCCGUUCGUUGUGCUGGGAAACAAAAUAGACUUGGAGAACCGUGCAGUGUCGACGAAACGUGCUCAACAAUGGUGCCAGACAAAGAACGACAUACCGUACUUUGAAACAUCGGCCAAGGAGGGCAUCAACGUUGAUUUAGCUUUCCAAACUAUCGCCAAAAAUGCAAUAGCCCAAGAAUCGGACACCGUUGAUCUCUAUAACGACUUCCCCGACCAGAUCAAGUUGAACACGCGGGAUAGCCGACCACGAAGCGGGGACAACUGCUCGUGCUAAUAUUAUCGAAUUAGACAAUUUGACCGCCCCCCUUCUGACACAGCAACAUCAGGCGACAGUGGUGCGUUCGGCGCCAUCCUCAAUAGUAGCAACAACAGUAGCUUCAGUCUCAGCAGAAGCAGCAGCUGUAACAGCAGCGGCGAUAGCAGCAACAGCAGCGCCAGCAUCAGCAGCAAUAGAACCGCUGGUUGUGCUACUGCAAUAGACAAAUUACUUCCCAGAUGAAAUAGUAUCGUAACAAUUUCGGCGGAAGCUGAGUGCAACAGUGUGCAAGAUGCAACAGAUUUUAAGUAUUUGUUGCUACAUGUUUCAUUUUUUUCGGUAGAUCGAUUUCUUGUCUUAUAGGAUAUAUGGUGAAACAGUUGAGAUGCAGUUUUAGGAGUUAGCAUGUAAGGGUGAACCGUUCUUUUUGGAGCCGCAAAAAAAACAAAAAUAUUAUUGAAAAUUCAGAGGCUGCAAUCGCAAUAAGCACGUGCACCAAGAGUGUUAUUUUGUGUCUUUGUAUUUGUUUAAAUUGUUAAUGCUAAAUUCACCAGCAGCCUGCAUGCUGCUUCCACAGAUAAGCUUACUUUGGCGCGCACCCCGCUUACAGCUGAGGCAGGAUUCGAUAGCUCACGCAAAAAUAACCAUGUUGUGUAGUACUAUCGAAGCCGGCGAUCUACCCAAAUAGUACCGCCACACACUCGUACAUACAUAGUAAUGACACUCGGGAGCGAUCUUCCACUCUACCUACGCGACUCCGCAAAACAGUUACCGGUUACAUACGCUUAUGAAACCGGCCCAUCAUGGUUCGGCUAAGCUUACCCCGGCCCCGUUUUGCAGCAAAAGGAAAACAAAUAGAAAAAUCCGCUUGUAAUGGGUGUUUUUGUGUGUGUGCAUUUGUGUGAUUGAUGGAUGGUAGUGUGCUGUUGUACAUUUUUCCUAGAAUCGAAAAAACAGAUCCAAAACUGUUCGGCCAACCAUUGAUAUAAGGCGAUGGUAAUAAGCGACACGUUCAUUGUUAAAAAUCUAGCUAAAUUACGCGGGCAUGCAACGCAAAAUACGACCGCCCAGGCAACAAACCAUCCUCUAGUAGACGUUAAAGCAGCGAUGAAGCCAACUAAGCUGAAGGGGCGCAUGGGGCUCACGAAAUGUGGAAAAGGAUCGAAUUCGAUAAUCACGCCAGGGAACGAACAAAUGGCGUGGAAUAAGAAAAAAACAUGUGUAGAAAUAGUAAUGCGGUAAUUGAUAAUUCUAUCGAACCUUAUACAUAUAACAUAUAUAUAUUAAAGAAAAAAAAAGUAUAUCUCUUAGAGAAAAGAAACAUAAGUAGAAGUAUGAUUUUCAUGGUUUGCACUCCAUCGCUUC